AGACAAGGGGGUUACACUGAUUUCUCAGCAGGCAAGGCAGGGUUGCUGCUUUCAGCCGUGCGAAGUCGUUUCGGCUUGAAAUCUAUACUGUGGCCAGCUUCACUGCCAAUCGUUCAUCAUUUCGUCUCCAUCGUGAAUACCUUACACUGAUACAUACUUAUCGUCGUGUCGGGCUGCUAAUGGUAUUUCUUCCACAUUAGACUACGACUACGCCCUCGUCCGAUCCGUCGAAGGACCCGGCAUCUGUCGACAGUAUAGCAUCAAACAGAAAGAUAGAUUCAACAGCCGCGUCCGUCUCGAUUUCCUCCAAGUCUUCGCCGCCACCCGACCCUAUAAUAAACAGGUUCCCAACUACUGUUUCAAAAUGACUAUCGUAACCAAGGAUCGUACUAUCCUGCUCUCCUGUCCAUAUCCGCCUGGCAUCGACGGUCGUCAAGAUCAGGAAGGGGAGAGCCGCUUCUCUCCCGGCCCCUCCAUACAUGGUCUAGUGGAAUACGGUGCGGGGGAAGAGCAGGUCUUACUCCCAGGUUCUCCCAGCUCUAAUGGCUUGGAUACGCCUUCUCCUUUUGAUCAGCCGCUCUCUCCUCCGGAAAGCCUUUCCACACCGGGACAUCAUCAUCAUCCCCGACCACCCCGUUUGGGCCCUGUCGUGAAGCCCAACCGAAUCGUAAAUAAGAAUCGUGAGGGCAAGUUUGUUUGCUCCUUCGCCGGCUGUACCGAUGAUGUAAAGGUAUUCAAUCGCAAGUGUGAAUGGAGCAAACAUAUGGACAAACACGACCGACCGUAUAAGUGCUUGGCGUCGGGGUGUGAGAAGCUUGCCGGAUUUACGUAUUCCGGCGGUCUCUUACGUCACGAGAGGGAGGUUCAUAAUAAGCAUGGCGGUCCGAAAAACCCCCUUCACUGUCCACACGGAAACUGCAAACGCCACGAGGGCAAGGGUUUCUCUCGCAUGGAGAAUCUUAAUGAGCAUCUUCGUCGAGUGCAUACCCCUAGCGACGUCAAUAACGGCCCUACAGUAGUAGAGUUGCCCGAAGAUGAGCUAGAGGAGAACCCGGCCCCUCUUCAGCAGGUCGUAGCCCCUGAGAAGAUAGGCGAGAAGCGCAAGCCCGAAACAGACCUCCGUGAGGAAGUGAAGCGUCUGCACCAGGAGAAUCAGCAACUGAGAAAUGAGGUCCGUGCCCAGUCUCGCCACAGCAUGGCCAUGAUGCAGACCAUCGACGAGAUCAACACCAAGCUUAGGGAGCUUGCCAACUCCAAGUCCCAGCUGCAGCCCCAACCCCAACCCCAACCCCAACUUCAACUCCAGCUCCAGGCUCAGCCUCAACUCGAGCUUCAAUCUGAGGCCCAGUCUGAAGCUCAGUUUGAGAAUGAACCCGACCUCGAUGUGGCCCAACACACUGCCGUACGCUCUCUAGGCUAGGACCCCACGAGAACAUAUGGUCAGAUAGCAUAUGAAAAAAUAGGACGUGAUCCGGAAGGAUAUUAUUAGGAAGAAGACGACCAGUCCUAUUUGGGCUCGCAGUGAGACCUCCCCUUUAUCGUUUGUUUGCA